AUGGCAAUACGCUAUCUGAUGCCCGAAAAUAAUAAACUUAGCAGCUGGGGUAGUGCUAAAAAACCUCACCGCAUUGAAGAACUCAAGAAGAACAACACUGACACCAAUUGCACCACGAUGCAUAUUAAAUUGUCGGGUUCAAAAACUUCGGGCACUGUGCUGAAGCAUAAAUCGGUUGCACCACCGGCCAUUGAAUACAAUGCUUUUAAUCGGGUUGAAAACCCCAGUCGAAAAGUUCAUGAGUCCAAGCGUUUGCACAUAUCACUGGACGUGGAUGCGGAUACAUUUUGUCUUCAAGCAUUGACGUCGGAAAUUAUUGGUGAGGCCACCUCUGCUCAGCGACCGGCCUUGGGUGCUGUCACGGGGACCUUGCACGUAACUGUCAAAGGCACGGAGCCCUUAUUACUCAACUACGUCCAAGUGAGACUUAGCGGGUACACUUGCGAAUAUGCUCGUAGAACUGGAACAUGCGCAGAUGGUGAUCGCAUUCAAAUUGUCAACACCCCCAAUUCGAAUAAAUCGGUUUCGUACAAUACUCCAUUUAUACAGGAUAUUGUGCAUUUUAACUCGGCAAUGGAAGGAGAAUCGGUAGGUCCGGAUAGGUCAAUGCUAUUACCACCAGGUAUCUACAAUUACAAAUUUGAGUUUCUUAUCAACUCGGAAAUUUUCCCAGCGUCGAUUGCUUCACACCUUGGAUCCACAGUUUACCGACUGGAAGCUUUGGUGACUGUACCAAGAACCAAACAUAAAUUCGAAACGGUGGUUUUGACCUCCAUUGUUACGCUGAAAAAAGCCCUUUCUCCUGAAUACACCAACGCUUUAGAGGAUAGCACUGUACACAAUACUUGGAGAGAAGGGCUUUUAGACUACUCAUUGUCCCUGAGCUCUCGGGUUUUGGAAAUAGAUACACCUCUGCAACUUUCGCUCCAAUUGGUACGCAAACUUGGGUGUGAAAUAAAAGACGUUCAAGUGGCCCUCGUGCAGACUACAAGUAUUCCGUGCUUGGAUGCUAGCAGCGGUUUAACUCUAGAUAACUACUACUGCCAGCCUAGGAAGUCACUGCUACGUCAAGUGGGAGGUUUUGACCCUAAGGAAAUGUGUUACAAUCUGUCCAUUGAUGACUUGGUAGUGCCAUCAUCUUUGAAGUCUUCGGCAUUCGACAGUAUUAUACCUUCAUAUGAGGAACGUAACUCUUGUUUACCAGGAGCGGGCCCGACCAGAUAUAGACUCAAGAUAUCGCAUGAAAUGAAAGCCCUUAUCACAUUGUCCGUCGGCAACACUGAGACGGUCAAUUUGUCCCUAAAAAUCCCGGUAUUACUGCUUGACCGAAACUUGGGGAUCUCUGCGCAGUUGCCGAAGUAUGAAGUGUCUCCGGUGGAAUUAAACUACUGUAAUAGUGCCUCUAGUGUACUAUCACCACCAAAAUAUGAUGAGAGGUGCGGAGUAGAUGGCAUAGAUAAUGGAAAUGUGUAA